AAAUGUGAACGCGCAUAUUUCACGUGCGUGCACGUAUUGUGUCCGUAAAUACGUCAGAGGAGCGUGCCCUCGUUCUUUCUUUCUCUCGUCCUGAAGAUGGCGGCAGGGACUCUGUACACGUAUCCAGAGAACUGGCGGGCCUUCAAGGCUCAGAUUGCAGCCCAGUACAGUGGCGCUCGCCUCAAAGUUGCUAGCAGCCCCCCUGCCUUCACCUUCGGGCAGACAAACCGUGCUCCUGCCUUCCUCAACAACUUUCCACUGGGCAAGGUACCUGCCUUCCAGGGAGAUGACGGUUUCUGUCUGUUCGAGAGCAAUGCCAUUGCUCACUACUUGAGCAAUGAUGCCCUGCGUGGUGCCACUCCUCAGGCUGCUGCCCAGAUACUGCAGUGGGUGAGCUUUGCUGACUCUGAGAUCAUCCCCCCAGCCAGCGCAUGGGUCUUCCCCACUCUUGGAAUAAUGCAGUUCAACAAGCAGGCUACAGAGCAGGCCAAGGAGGAUGUGAAGAAGGUCCUCACAGUGCUGAAUCAACACCUGAACACACGUACCUUCCUGGUGGGUGAGAGGGUCAGUCUAGCUGACAUCACUGUGGUCUGCUCUAUGCUCUGGCUUUAUAAACAGGUUUUGGAGCCCUCUUUCCGUCAGCCUUACCCCAAUGUUACCCGCUGGUUUGUUACCUGUAUUAACCAGCCACAAUUUAAGACUGUCCUUGGGGAUGUAAAGCUGUGUGAAAAGAUGGCUCAGUUUGAUGCCAAGAAGUUUGCUGAGAUGCAGCCCAAGAAAGAAGCCCCUCCUAAGAAGGAGAAGGGAGGAAAAGAGGCAGCCAAGCCCCAGGAGAAGAAAGAGAAAAAGAAGGAAGAAAAGAAGCCUGCUCAAGAAGAGGAGAUGGAUGACUGCGAUGCAGUUUUGGCUGCUGAACCCAAAACCAAGGACCCAUUUGCACACCUGCCAAAAAGCCCAUUUGUUAUGGAUGAGUUCAAAAGAAAAUACUCCAAUGAGGACACCUUGUCAGUCGCCAUUCCCCACUUCUGGGAGCACUUCGACCGUGAAGGCUAUUCCAUUUGGUAUAGUGUAUACAAAUACCCUGAGGAGCUUACACUUACAUUCAAGAGCUGCAACCUUAUCACAGGUAUGUUCCAGCGCUUGGACAAACUCAGAAAGAAUGCCUUUGCCAGUGUUAUCUUGUUCGGCACCAACAACGACAGCAGCAUCUCUGGAAUCUGGAUCUUCAGAGGCCAGGAACUGGCUUUCACUCUGUCUGAAGACUGGCAGAUUGACUAUGAAUCAUACGACUGGCGCAAGCUGGACCCAAACAGCGAGGAGUGCAAGACCAUGGUGAAGGAGUACUUUGCCUGGGAGGGAGACUUCAAGCACGUUGGUAAAGCCUUCAACCAGGGCAAGGUCUUCAAGUGAGAGGACACUGGGAUAGUCUGAACAAAAGCACUAUGCGCUUCUGCUCUCAACACUUCAAACUUUCGGACUCUCAGCCACCACGUGCUUACUUACCUGCAAAACUGACUUGGAAUGACGAUGUUUGACGAUGCGUGAAUUCUGUCUCAGUGGCCCCAACUGUUUUCUGGUUGACUUGCGAAAUAAAGCAUUUUCCACAAUGCCAA